AUGGAGGAUAUGAUAGCGAGGGCUCGAGAGAAAGAGAUUGAUCUAGAGAUAGAGAGGAAGAGAAAGCCAGAGGCGGUGUUUGGCAUUGAGUUUUCGGGUAAGAAGCCUAAGGUGGAUUCCCGAGGGAAGGGUCAGCAGGGCCGAGGCCGCUGUUGUAAGUGCGAUAGGUCGCACGAGGGGAUCUGCAGGGCGGGUAGUUCCGGCUGCUUCAAGUGCGUCCAGACUGGUCAUAUGAGCAAGGUUUGUACUGCUACGACUACCACCACCACGACAUCAUCUCAUCUAAUUUGCUUUCAGUGCAAUCAGAGGGGCCAUAAGAGGUCCCAGUGUCCGAGCAUGGCAGCAAUAGGACAGGUGCUAGCACUCGCUCCUGCUACAUUAAGGAUUACUGAUGGUAGGCAGGACCGAGCUGAGAAGCCGGUGGCGAAGAGAAGAUCCUUCCAGUUGACAGCAGAGGAGGCACGUGCAUCUCCUGAUGUCGUCACAGGAUCGUUCUUAGCGAACAACAUAUCACCUAUGGUAUUGUUUGAUUUGGGGGUUACAAAAUCUUUUGUGUCACUUGCACUUGGUAAGCAAUUUAGCGGAGCUCCGGGAGAGCUGGAUUGUCCACUGGAUGUUGAGAUAGUAGAUGAUAGGACCGUUAGGGUUGUGAGGGUUCAUCAGAGUUGUAUACUACAUUUGUUUGAUGAGCAGUUCCCAGUGGACUUGUUUCUGAUUCCCCUGCACGGGAAUAAGCUCAUCGUGGGUAUGGACUGGCUGAGUCCUAAUGGUGUAGUGAUCGACUGCGAGCAGCAGCUAGUGAGAGUUCGGACUCCUAGCAGGGAAGGGAUGGUGAUUCAGGGUGAGAGGCCUCAAGGAGGAUUGGCUCUAUGUUUCGCAGCGAGGGCAAGGCUCUACUUACAACAAGGUUACACCGGAUAUGUCGCUUAUGUCAUGGAUACCCAGUAUAAGUGUAAGGGAACGGUAGAUGAUGUACCGAUUGUACAAUAG